AUGAUGCUCUACCACUUCCUUGGGCUCCGCUACCUGGGGCGCAACGAGCUUCCCUCGCAGGAUCAGCUGGAGGGCGCGCUGGAGCGACAUGCCCGCCUGUGCGAGUCCACGUACGCCGCCUGCGUCCCUAGUCUGGCGACGGCGGACGUGGUCGUCCUCGACGCGGUGGACCAAGUCGCCCCCACCAUCAUCGUCUCCAUGGACCGCGUCUGCCGCAGCCUGCGUGGACGCCCGACGGAGGCGUUCGGCGGGCUGCGCGUGUUUGCGGCGGCCGACUUUUGGCGCAUGCCUGUGCACCCCGGCAGUGACACGGGCGGCUACAUUUUCCAGCUGGACAACUGGGACGAGCUCUUCCCGCGGCAGCGGCUGCUGGAGAAAAUUCACGGGCAGUCGCGGCGGCUCACGGCGCUGGUCAGCAAGGCGCACUUCGGCCUCCUCACCCCAAGUGACAUCGAGGAGCUGGAGGCCCGUUCGGCGGCGGUGGACACGUCGGCCGCGCGAGACGACGCCGAAGACGGCGGCACGGAGGCUGAGGGGGAGGAGGAGGAGGACGACGACGACGAUGAUGAAGCCGCGGCUGCGCGGCGCGGGAAUAAUAAACAUAAUAACAAGCCCCGUAAUAAUAGUCACGGCAACUCCGGCAGUAGUCUUCUCUCUGCUCACGGCGCGACGCUGCCACCGCAGAAGUUAAUCUCCAACGUGGAGGCCAUCAUAAAGUUUACUUCCCGUUUUCCGAAGCAGCCGGCGAUUCGCGUACUGCCACCUCGUUUUCGAACAUUGAAGCGGACGGAGAUUGGGAAUUACGUCGUGAACAUGCUGUUGCAGGGCUCCAUGCCGCCGGCCUUCUCCCUCGUGGACUCGUUGAACCUUGACGUGGGCUCCACGGUGCAUCUUUUGCUAGACGCGCCUGCGUCCUUUGGGGUGCCCGCUGGCACCGUCGGUGAGGUGCUGCAGGUGAAGGAGCACGUGCUGGUGGUGCACUUUCCAUCCGUGCAUCGCACCGUCGAUGUACCCCGCAUGCGUGUCAGCGUCUACCACCCGUUUUACCCGGAAGUGCGCUACGAGAUUCAGCAAUUCCCGUUGUUCCCCCGCCAGAGCAUCUCCCCACUAAAUAUGCUCAACUACCAGCAUACAUACCAUGUGAACAUCGACUGCCACCGCCUCGCGGACACCAACGACCUUGGCAACCUGCUCGCCCGCAUGCGCAGUUUUGACGACUUUGUUAUCGAGCGGACGCAGGACUUUGUGCGCCUGGAUGGAAUGAUCCACGAACCCACGCGCAUCUACUAUCAGCGCAUCGCCAACCGUCCGCUUUCCACCGCGGCGGAGCAGUGGUGCCGCAACUGCAAAUCCUACGUGCCUACAAAUGAGUUCUACAAGCACUGGGACCACUGCAUCCGACAGGUGCGGUGGUGUAGCGAGUGCAACACGCGCAUCCCGCUUGAGCGGCUUGAGCCGCACCGGGAGAAGCACCAGAUUGUGCUUUGCUUAGACUGCGGCAGAGCUGUUGAGUGGCGGAGGUGGGAGGGACAUAGACUGACGUGUUCCGCGAUGAUGCGGGAGGUGUCGCCGGAAAACGAGUUCUUGCCGCUUCGCACGCGUCAGCUUGCGCUAGAGAUGGGGCUCGACAAGCGCGACCUGCACACCAUGCGGGCCUUCAGCCGCGGCCUGUUGCCCAAGUCAAGGAAACACUGUACGGGGAGCAACGCAUGA